UCGUGAAAUCGUUCGAAAGAAUCUGUUCUUCAUAUUUUUUGCCUUCAUAUAUAAUCUUAUUUGUAAUUGCUUUUCGGAAUAAUAAGAAACAUUACGAACAAAAAGAUGGCGUUAAAUGAUUGUCCGGAGUCAGAAGUAAUUGGUUGUGGAUUUAGUGCUUUCAAAGAAAUUGAUGAAGUGACUUUUCUAAUUAAUGAAUUAAAAAAAAAUGAUCUUUCUCCGAGCCUUAUUGAGAAAAAUCGUGAUCGAUUUAAUUUUAUUCUAUCACAAUAUCAGGAUCAAAGACAACUGCUUGAUCCUUAUUUGGAUGAUAUUUUACAACCAUUAAUUAGUAUCACAGAAGAUCCAAAUUCUACAGAAAUUAUGCGGCAUAAUGCUUUUAAAUAUAUUUUUAUUGUUAUGUCCGUCAAAACAUACAAAAAGAUUGUUACAUAUCUUCCACAUGAGGUAGGUGAUCUUCUUCCUGUGUUGCGAAUGUUAGAGAAACAAGAUCCAAAUGAUGUAGAGACAUGGGAAACUCGAUAUGUACUUCUAAUUUGGCUUUCUAUAAUUUUAAAAAUACCAUUUCCACUUACACGUUUAGAAAUUUUGGAUGAUAUUUCUGAACCAUUAAUAAUAGAUAGAAUUUUAAAAAUAUGCAAAUUAUUUUGUUUAUCAAAGGAUGCUUGUGCUGUAGCUGCAGUUUUUUUAAUUGUUAAUUUUUUGACAAGAUCAGAUGUCAAAGUACUAUAUUUGAGAGAAAUGAUAAUGUGGAGCUUACAAUGUGCAGAAAAUGAUCCUUUAAGACAUGGCCCUUUAGCAGUCAUAGCAGCAAUAUUAAAACAUAGUGCAAGAGAAGAUGUUAAACCGUACACUCAAACAAUUUUAAAUAAAGUUUUACAGUUCCAUCUGAAUGAUAAUCCUGCCGAUCUUAUUCGGAAAUACGGAAUAAAAAUUGUACAAAGAAUUGGAUUGGUAUUAUUAGGAACAAAAUUGGCUUCAUGGAGAUAUCAAAGAACUAGUAGACCUAUACGUCUGAUAGUUAAUACCAAUACUAAUUCUAAUACCAUGGAAAUUAUAGAAGAUGGUAAAAGUGUUGCAUUCAAUCAUGAUGAUCAGGAUAUUCCAUCGACAAUAGAGGAUAUAAUUGAACAACUUAUACAAGGUCUUCGGGACAAAGCAAUUACAAUACGAUGGUCUGCUGCAAAAGGAAUUGGUAGAAUAACAGCAAGAUUACCAAUGGAGUUAGCUGAUGAUGUUGUAGGAUUUGUAUUAAAUCUUUUUUGUGGUCGAGAAUCAGAUUCUGCUUGGCAUGGUGGUUGUUUAGCAUUAGCAGAAUUAGGAAGACGUGGUCUCCUUCUUCCUCAUCGUUUAAAUGAUGUAAUACCAGUAGUUCUUCAAGCUCUUGUAUUUGAUGAACCAAGAGCUUAUGGUUCAAUUGGAUAUUUGAUUAGGGAUGCUGCAUGUUAUAUUUGUUGGUCAUUUCCUAGAGCUUAUGAUCCUGAUAUUAUUCAGCCAUAUGUAAAAGAAAUUGCAGCUACAUUAUUGAUUGUUACUUGUUUUGACAGAGAAAUUAAUUGUAGAAGAGCUGCUUCUGCUGCAUUUCAAGAAAAUGUAGGAAGACAAGGAAAUUUUCCACAUGGAAUAGAAAUACUUACAAUUGCUGAUUAUUUUGAAGUUGGUGUUAGAAAUCAUGCAUAUUUAAAAAUUAGUACACAAAUAGCACAAUAUGAAGAGUAUACAAAACCUCUGAUUGAUCAUUUGAUUACAAGAAAAGUUACACACUGGGAUACAGCAAUUAGAGAACUUUCAGCUAAAGCCCUUUUCAAUCUAACACCUAUUGAUUCUAAUUAUAUUAAGAACACAGUUUUAUUAAAUUUAUUAGAUAUGUUAAAUUCUAUUGACUUAAAUAUUAGACAUGGAUCAGUAUUAGCUAUUGCUGAAAUUUUGGAAGCAUUACAUAAUUGUUGUAGUGAGAAAAUUGAAAAUAUAAUUGGAUCAUCAGCUGCAGAAAAUAUAAAAAAUAUAGUAAACACUUUUAGAAAAAGAGGACAAUUUAAAGGUUUAGGAGGAGAACUAAUGAAACAAGCAUGUGCUGUACUCAUAAAAAAGUGCUCUAUUAUUAAUUUUCCAAUUUCCUUUGAAAUUAUUAGUGAUUGGCAAAAUCUUUUAGAAGAAUGUUUGGGGCAUGAAGUGUCUAUAGUAAAGAUGAAAGCUGCUGAAGCACACACCGAAUUUUUUCGAAAAUAUUAUACAAACAUAGGUAGCCAAGAUUGUAAUAUUGUUAUUAAUCGUUAUCUUGAUAAUCUACAAUCAAAUAAUCAACUUGUCCGAAUAGGUUUUGCACAAGCUAUAGGUUAUUUUCCUCUAUUUAUAAUUUGUGAAAGAGUAAAAGACAUAAUAGAAGCGCUCAUUAAAUGUACUGAGAUAUCAGAAAAUACCUUAAAGUGGGCAGAAAGUAGGAAAGAAGCUAUACAUGCAUUAAUAAUGAUUUGUCAAACUUUGGGAGUAAAAGAAGCAGACAUGUGGAGUACAUAUGUUCAUGAUUUAUAUGAUUGUUAUUUAUUGGCAUUGAAAGAGUAUACUAUAGACAGUCGUGGAGAUAUAGGAGCCUGGGUACGAGAAGCAGCAAUGACUGGUUUGCAUAUGUUAACAAACUUAGUGGCACAAGCAAAAUUAUUUUCUGUGUUAAAUGAAAACUUAAUGGCAAAUAUAAUUGGAGGAAUUGCUCAACAAGCUGUUGAAAGAAUCGAUGGAAUUCGAGCACAAGCGGGUAUUGUUUUCAGUGCACUUAUUCAUAAUGACCCUCCUUUGCCAAACAUUCCAUAUCAUGCGGAAUUGAAAACUAUUUUUCCUCAUGAUGAAUGCAAAGAAAAUAUAGAAUGGAGAAUGGAAUCAGCUACUUUUCCACGAUUUAUUAAAAUGUUAUCUUAUCCUCCUUAUACAAUGAAUCUUUUACGAGGAAUUAUAUUUAGUGUUGGUGGUUUAAGUGAAUCUUUGGUUAAAUAUUCUAGUGUUUCCUUAUUUUCUUAUUUACAAGAAAUAGAUGAACUGGGUCUACAAAAUUUAUGUUAUAAAAUUUUAAAUAUUUUUGAGGAAAGUUACAAAAACGAAAGAAUGAUUACAUCAAUAUUAGCUUUUUUAGAUCGGUUACUUAGUUCUGGUUGCAUUCAGAUUGUUCUCGAUAAUCCUGAGAAUGAAAUUGCAGAACGAAUUUUAAUACUACUAAAGCAAGAAAUAAAAAAUACAAAUAAUACUAAGUUGUUAAUUAGUAGUAUAAAUGUUUUCUGCCAGCUUUUGCAGGUACAUGGACCAGUUGCAAAAAGAGCAUUUUGUCAGUUAAGUAUUUUUCUUUGUCAUAAAUAUAAGUGUAUACGAAAAGUGGCUGCAACAAGAACAUAUGAAGCUUUAACUCUCUAUGGGGAAGAAAUGGAUCUUCCAGAACAAGAUUUGAUUAAAAUUCUAAUUGAAAUAAACAUUACUGAUUGGGAGCAAUCAGUAUCUGAACUUCGUCCCAUAAGAAAUUAUCUUUGUGAUUUAAUGAAAGUACCUGCUCCUGUUUUGCAAAAUAAAUUUAGAAACUGAGCUUAUACUUAAAUUCUGCUACACCUUAACUAAAUUGGUAGAUCUACAAGAGUAAGAGGUACAUCACUAAAUCUACUGAAUGUUGAGGAAUAUGUAAAAAGAUUCAGAGUUUUC